AUGGUGUACUUUAAUGAGGCUGAAGUUGAUGUGAAGUGUUCAUACACACUGUUCGAAAUGAGAGGGAUAUUGUGUAGACAUGCAUUAGCCAUUAUGAGAGUUAACAAAGUGAAAAAGGUACCAGAAAAGUAUAUAUUAGAUCGAUGGAGAAAGGACAUUAAAAGGACAUACACUCUCAUACGCAAUACUUAUGACUUAGUUGAUGCAAGGCCAGAAGUGAGCAGAUAUUCACAUAUAUUGAAGUUAUGCUAUGACGUUGCCACAAAUGCAGCGUCAUGUGAUAAGCAUGCUGGUGAUAUGAUAGAUAAGUUAUAUGCAAUGAACAUCGCCUACCGCACCAAGAAGUCGCCCCAACGACCCUUGGAACAUGUUGCAGAUACAACUGUCGAUCCUCUUCAAAACACUACCAAAGUGUUGGACUUUAGUGAAAUCCAACAUGGAGAUGGGGCACAACCAGAACUUCAUAAAGCUCUAGAUGAGACUGAAGAUCGUGGACACGUGCAGGACUGA